AUGGACGCCAAGGAAGAUGCCAAGACAUCGCUCGAGUUGACUGUGACCGAGUUCGCCGUUUCCGUGCGCGCAAUCAACCCCGUGCAGAGCAAGGUGAUGGCCAUACUGAGUGUCAAGCGAGGCAAGAAGCUGUCCAAGAGGGCACUGCGCGAAGUGCGCAUGGGAGAAGUGGCCGAGGUGCGCCUGCGCCCUUUGGCGGCACUCGUGGUGGAGCCCUUCGAUGUCUGUCCUCAUCUGGGGCGCGUGCUUCUGCGAGACGCCGUCACUCUGUGGGAGCUCCUGCGCCUGGAACCCGCGUGCCUGCUGGGCCGCGACGAGCACAACAACACCCUCCUCCACCUCCUCAUUGACCAGAGGCAGGAGGGAGUGGAGCAGGUGGUCCAGCAGGUGGAGAAGCACUUCGGGCGGCUGACUGUACAGAAGCUGAUGCGGGUACGCAACAGCCGGGGCCACACGGCCAUCCACCUCGCCCUCACCGCAGGUCUGUUUGGCGUGGCGGGGGCGUUGCUGUCCUACGGAGCGCCAUUGACGCCCAGCAAGGAGGAGGAGCGGCGGCUGGGCAAGCUGUGGAAGAAGCCAAUACCGUCGCCCAUCGAUGGCUUGCGCCAACGCUGCUGUACGGACGACUUUGCCAACCUGGACGAGAUGCUUCCGCCCAAGGCCAUGCAAGAGCACUACACCAUCGCCCUCAACUCACUCCUCCUGCAGCUCACCCCCGCGAGUUCCAUACCCUUCAGGGAGUUGUCGUUGUCCGAUGAGGGCUUUGUCGGGGCUUCCAGAGCUGCCGCCGGACGAGAUGUCCAAGAGAGAGCUUUCAAGACCUAA